UCCGCCGAGUAGCCAGGAAGUCCAAACUCCCGUUGCCUUUUGUGCCUUGACCGCUCUCUCCCUCCGAACCUCCCUUUCUCUCUACACACACAAGUGCCAUUUUCCCACAUAUACUGCAUCCAAAUGAGACCCCCAACCAUUCCAAAAGCUCUUCCCUUUCCAAUCUUUAUGCUCUCCAUCCACUAAAAGCAUUCACUCUAAGAUCACCUACCCGACCCCUAUCCUCAGAGAAAAAAAAGAUCGCCCAACCAACCUCUCACCCGUUCUCUCUCUUGAUCACCACAUACAAAGAGAAUAAAGAAGGAACACUUGCAGAUCAUACACCCUUUCAAAGCUCUUCCUCAUUCUCUUGCUCCCCACUUCGAUCUCCACAUAGAAAGGAAAGAAAAAGAAGAAGAAAGCGUUGCUGCAGCUGCAUGCUGGUACUGGGGUACCUGGUGCAAAACUUCAGACUUGUGAAGUGGGUUUCCCCUCUAGCUUAUCCCUCAAUCAACAGACACCAUCCAAGCAUCAAGAAGAGACCAAGGAGAAACGAGAGGAAGCGUUAAUUUAUAGAAUGCCAAUUCAAGGAGUCUUCAUGGAAACCUCCUCGAUGCCUUCCCCCGACCUCUCGUUGCACAUCAGGCCCCCAAGAACCUCACCCUCCUCCACCCCCGACACCGACCAUGACCUCGGCCUCGACCUCCUCCAGCGGAUCGAAGCCCUCAAACCCCAAGCCGACACCUGCUCGAACUUCGCUUGCACCGAUCUAACCCUCUCGAGUCCAUUGGCAACCUCGGCGGCAGAUAGCCCAUGGAGGUGGCAAGGACCAUGGCAGGAUCGGUGCCACAACGGUCAUCUCAGCGAGCUGGUGUUGGAUGGCCCGAGGCCAAUAAAGGGAAUCCCCAUCUACAACGGCUCUACCUCACCGUUCCUCUCAGCCGAUCCCAAGAUGUCAUCUAUACCUUCUUUAUGGUCCUCAUUUGGCUCUUCGGUGCCAUCCUCACCUUCUUGUUCUAGUGGCUACUCUUCCAAUUUAGACACAACGACAUCUUUCUUGCACCCACUUGGUUUGCUCCCAUCCAUGGGCUCAUCCCAUCAUCCGAUGAUGGCGCCCCCGGCGAGGUUCACUGGGCUAUCAUCAGACGCGGGCAAGUACUAUAACCACCACUACCACCACCACCAAUAUGGAAUUGGGCCGCUGGAUGUCCCUCACAACAUGAUGAGGAGUAGACUCUUGCAGAAGCUCCCAGCGAAGCGGAGUGUGAGGGCGCCAAGGAUGCGGUGGACAAGCACACUUCAUGCCCGCUUCGUCCAUGCUGUCGAACUCCUCGGUGGUCAUGAGAGGGCGACGCCGAAGUCUGUUCUUGAGCUCAUGGAUGUGAAAGAUCUGACUCUAGCCCAUGUCAAGAGCCACUUGCAGAUGUAUAGAACUGUUAAAUCCACCGACAAGCCUGCAGCUUCCUCAGCCCAAUCAGAAGGCUCAGGCGAAGAAGAUUCUGCUCUUGGGACUGGAGAUCUCAGCUUCCACCAACCAUUGGAGCACGAAGGAUCAAAUAAACCAGUCCAACAGAAGGACAUGGACUCGAGUACUAGUUGGAGAAACUCAUCUAACAGGAGAGCUUGGAUGCAAACCAAUCCGAGGGACAUGGAAGGGCUUGAACCAACGACUUUCACAUCCCGGACAGAGGAUAGCCAUCUUUGCCGAUCCAAUGGCUCUGUUGGGUCUCAUGAAGAACUCAAAAACCCUAGCCUUGAAUUCACCUUAGGAAGACCAGGCUGGCAUGGCAGAGAGCAGGACUAAUGCUAGUGAAGCUACAUGAAGAUGGUAUACAUCCAGUGGUUCCUGGAAAGUUCAAAUGCAUUUAUGUCAUCAAUGAAGCAUAUAAGAAGGCCAGUGAGGAGAGAAUGGAAAACCUACUAUGUUAUUCUUGUUUGCAAGGUGCAUGAACCUUAUGUUCUGCAUCUGGUCCUUGUUCUUCUUCCUCUUUGGAUUUUCUCUUGUCCCUUAUUUAUCAUAAAGUUCUCCACUUCUUGAUUUUGUUCUUCUUAUUUUCUUCUCGUGUGAACUAAUUAUAACUACUUGAGAGUGGAAUGGCUAGAGCUCAAGUUAGUUAGUGUCUAACAGAUGAUGUACAUACCAAAAGUUAGAAAGAAAAAAAAAUUGUUAUUUUAUGCUGCAACCUCCGCAAAAA